AUGCAAAAGAAGAAAGCGGCAAAGAUCAUUGCUGCAGCAGCCGCUGUCAAACAAAUUCAAACACCUACUCAAGUCAAUGAAACACCCGGACAAUUUCUGGUUGGUGCUGGCAUGUUCGAUAUAACGGGUGAAGUAGCUGAAAUUGGUUUCAUGGGUUAUGCUGUUCCAGCACAGCGUGGUAUUGGUCUUUUACAACGUAUGCGUGCACGUGCCUUUAUUAUAGUUGAUCCAUCUCCGCCAAAUAAUCGCGUAGUCUAUGUAUCCAUGGAUAAUGCCAUGGCAUUUCAAAUGGUUAGAAUUGAAGUAAUUGAUCGAUUACAAAAAUUGUAUCAAAAUUUAUAUACGCUUAAAAAUGUUCUCCUAUCUGGUACACAUACACAUUCAACACCAGGUGGCACGGGUGGAACAGUUCUCGUUGAUAUUACAACAUUUGGAUUUGUGAAAGAAAAUUGGGAAGCGUGUGUUGCUGGUGUUGUUGGUGCUAUUCAACGAGCACACAAUAAUUUACAGCCAGGUUACAUUAAAAUAAAUGUAGGUAAAUUGGAUAAUGCCAAUAUUAAUCGUUCUCCCGCAUCAUAUUUACGAGAUGAAGAUCGUUCACAAUAUGAAACAAAUACUGAUCAUGAGAUAACAGUAUUAAGAUUUGAGAGUGUUGAUCGAACAGAACUUGGAAUGAUUAAUUUUUUUCCAGUACAUGGUGUUAGUUUAAAUAAUACAAAUAUGUUAGUAGCUGGUGAUAAUAAAGGAUAUGCAAGUUAUCUUUUUGAAAAAUAUAAAAAUCCAGAUGCUUUACCUGGUACGGGAAAAUUUGUGGCAGCCUUUGGUCAAAGUAAUGAAGGUGAUGUAUCUCCAAAUACGGCUGGUCCUCGAUGCAUUGAUACCGGAUUACCGUGUGAUUUUAAUACGUCAACAUGUGAUGGCAAAAAUGAAUUAUGUAUUGCAUUCGGUCCAGGUUCAACACAAUAUGAAAGUACAGAAAUAAUUGGUCGAAUGCAAUUUGAAAGUGCUAGAGAUUUAUACAAUUCGGCUGAAAUUUAUUUAACAAGUGGCGUAGAUUAUCGACAUAUUUACACGGAUAUGCAAACACAGAAUGUGAGCAGUAAGUUUACUACCACUGGUAAAAAUGUUACCACGUGUCAAGCUGCUCUGGGUUAUUCAUUUGCUGCUGGAACUACAGAUGGUCCGGGUGCAUUUGACUUUACUCAGUCUACAACAUCACCAAAUCCAUUUUGGCGAUUUGUCUCAGCAUUUAUCGCUAAUCCAACUCCCGAACAAAUUGCAUGUCACGAACCGAAACCUAUCUUAUUAGAUGUUGGUCAAGUUAAACCGAUUGAAUGGGUGCCGUAUAUACUACCAAUGCAACUCUAUCGUAUAGGAAAUUUAUAUAUUAUUAGUGUACCAGGUGAAUUUACAACAAUGAGUGGGAGACGAAUAAAAUUGACAGUUAAAACAGCACUUCAAAAUGCAGGUGCUUGGACUAAUUCAAGUCAUAUCGUCAUUGCUGGUUUGUCUAAUAGUUAUUCUCAUUAUGUUACUACCUAUGAAGAAUAUCAACAACAACGUUAUGAAGGUGCCUCUACAUUGUACGGUCCUCAUACUUUGGCUGCCUAUCAACAAAUAUUUGAUCAAUUAACGACAGCUUUAGUCAUGAAUAAAACAUUGCCCGAUGGUCCAUCACCCAUCGAUAUGAGAGGAAAAACAUUCUCGUUUGUGCUGCCACCAUUAUGGGACGGUGUUCCUGUUGGCAAGGACUUCGGUGAUAUUGUUCAUGAUGUGGCGUCUCAAUAUCGAGGUGGUGCUGUUGUAAAUUGUACAUGGUAUGGCGGAAAUCCGAGACAUGAUUUAUUAACAGAAAAGUCUUAUUUGUACGUCGAUCAAUAUAAUGCUUCAACUAGCCAAUGGGUGACAAUUUUGACUGAUGCUGAUUGGGAAACACGUUUCUUGUGGGAACGUCAAUCAUUUGAUUAUAGUUUAAUCACUGUACAAUGGUUUAUACCUAAAAAUCAAACUGUGGGCAUGUAUCGCCUACUUAGUCUUAUUUUAUAUAUUUUCCUUCUAUUUCUAAUUGAUAAUCGUUCUCAGUUCUACAUUUAUAAAACAUCAAAAGUCAAAAAUAUUUGGAAAUAUAAUAAAAAUUUUUUUAUUAAAUUUCAAUCUUUUGAUAAAACAUUUGUUCAACAAAAACAACAAUCACUUGACAGUAUCACAAUUAUUGAUCGAUUUAUUUAUAAUAAUCCACCAAAUACAAAUAAUCCAAUAUGUCCACUUGAAAAACGAUCACAAGGACAUAAUUUAUUAUUAAUUUUAGUUUUAUCACGUGCACUCAAUUUUGAUUAUCGAUUGGCUAUUCGUUCAACAUGGGGUAGAAAUAUUUAUUAUGGAAAAUUACAGAUUCAAACAGUAUUUUUUGUUGGAACAGAUGAUUCAACACAAUAUGCAACUAGAAAUGAACAAAAAAUAUUCAAUGAUGUUGUAGAAAUAGGUAUUCCAGAAAAUUAUCCAUUUGUCUCUCAUAAAGAAUUAGCUUCUCUACAUUGGACACGUUUAUUUUGUCCAUGGGCAAAAUAUAUUUUUCGUGCUGAUGAUGAUGUAUUAUUAGACAUAUUUUUAUUAAUUAAUUAUAUUCAAUAUUAUCUUUAUAAUAAUGAUGAAAAAUAUGAUGGUAUUUAUGGAUGGUUUCGAUUUAAUAAUACUGUUCAUCGUAAUGAUAAAUGGGCUGUAACUAGACAAGAAUAUCCAUUUAAAUUUUAUCCACCCUAUACAUUUGGUAUUGGAUAUUUAAUGAUGAAUAAUACAUGUUUAAAAUUAAUUAAUGCUGCUAGAGUACCUGAUCAUAUAGUACAAAGAAUUGGUGAUGUUUAUAUUACAGGUAUUCUACGUGAAUUAGCAAAUGUUAAAUAUUAUGAUUUUAUUGGUUUAGAAUAUUCAUAUACAUUUCUUAAUGAAUUACCAUGUUAUGAUUAUUUUGAAAAAAAUUUAAAAUUAUUUAUUUGUAUGUCUAAAUUACAUAUAGGUAUUAGAGGAGAUCCAUAUGAAUUUUAUGAUACAUGGGAUAUUAUUUUAUCACGACAUGAAACUAAUUAUGCUAAUUAUACAAACAAAAAAAAAAUAUGA